AUGGCAAAAGGGCUGGAGCCAGCACAUCAAUAUAUUCCAUCCAGUCUGAGUGUGAUUCAUUCAUCACGCCCGGGCAGCAGUAUGAGGAAAGCACCUGUCUCUGAGUAUAACAAGCCAGUGCCACCCAGCUCGGACAGACGUCAUGCAAGCA